AGACUGUUCAUUGGUUGAAAAUGAGUUGGCAUGUUACGUCAUCUCCCUGCGACUGCACCGUUUCGAACAGGUGAAAAAUGGCACCUUCUCCAACAAAGAAGAAGGAGGAUGACAAAAGCAAACCACGCGGUAAGGAGAAAUCAGGAGCCACAAAAGAAGGAGCCAACAAAGAUCGUGGAAGAGACAAGACCCGGACUCGGCGUAGCGCCUCCAGCGGGAGCAGCAGGUCCAGCUCGAGCUCCAGCAGCAGCUCCGGUUCCAGCUCCGGCUCCUCCAGUGGCUCCAGCUCCUCUGCUUCCAGCCACUCGGGCUCCUCCAGCUCCCGCUCCUCUUCAUCCUCAUCCUCAUCCUCCUCUCCAAGCCCCAGCCGCCAGCGUCACAACAACAGACGACGCUCGCGCUCAAAGUCAAAAUCAGCAAAGAAAGAUGACAGAGAUCGCCGCCGUAGGAGCCCCACACCCAAACCUACCAAGGUUUACCUGGGCCGGCUGACCAGAAAUGUCAUCAAGGAGCACAUCCAGGAGAUUUUCUCCCCUUAUGGCAAGAUCAAGAUGAUUGACAUGCCCAUGAAUCGUCUCCACCCUCAUCUGUCCAAGGGCUACGCCUACGUGGAGUUUGAGAGCUCUGAGGACGCUGAGAAGGCUCUGAAGCACAUGGAUGGAGGUCAGAUUGACGGUCAGGAAAUAACAGUCUCAGCUGUGCUGGCUCCAACAGUACGUGCCCAACCUCGCCGGAUGUCUCCUCCCCGCAGAAUGCCUCCUCCACCCCCGAUGUGGCGGCGUACUCCACCUCGUAUGAGGAGAAGGUCCCGGUCUCCUCGACGACGCUCUCCAGUACGGCGCAGAUCUCGAUCACCAGGCCGCCGCCGUCACCGCUCCCGCUCCAGCUCCAACUCCUCCCGUUAAUGACUGGGACACCUUUCCCCCUCCUCUUCUUCCCUUGUUAAACUUGCUCGCUCCUCAUCCCAGCUUCACCCAGUCAGCUCAUUCAGCCACUAACAAACAUUAAUGAUGGUGUCUCACACGGUUGGAUUUCUAGCUGUAGACGUUAAAGCUGUUCAUGCAGUCAUCUUAGUUUCCUUCUUUUCUUUUAUUCAGUUAUUUCAAAGGGCCAAUGCUUACAUGUUGUAUCUGAUCAGGAAAAAAGCCAACCUUUAAUUAGAAUAAAAUACAUAAAACAGUGUAGUGUCCAUUAACCAGCAGGAAACACCUCCACCAGUAAACCAUUGUCAGAGCUGCACAAAAAGUACAAAGUUUGUAGUUUUUGUAAACAUUUUUCUUCAAAUUCCUUUAAAUGUUUUUCCAGGAUUUAUUAAUGAGGCAGAUCCAGGCAAAGUACAAUCACACGAUGGAGCCAUAUUCAAGAAACCUGUACGACAAUAAGCUGCAAUGUGUUUGUUUACGGUCCGUAAAUAAGCUGGUGUAUGUGUGAAUCCUGCUGUAGGAAGCGCAGGUGUUUCUGUUUCAGGAAGAUGUGACUGUCAGAUCAAUAUGGAGGUUCACAACGUCAUUAAUCGUGUCUCUGCAAGGAGUUAGGUAGCUUCCUCCAGCGUUUGUUUUAGUUUGUUUUCUAUCAGCUCUUUAAUUGGAGUGGAAAUCGUCUAUGCUCUGACUGAAAAUCAUUGUAUUGUGAUGGAGAAUGUCUGGUCAGAACCGUAUUUACAGCACAAAAACAAACUUAAUAUUGCUUUAAAUUCUCUUUCAGUCUCACAUCAGUUUAAAAACAUUUGCAGCUAACUGAUAAAGGCAUUACAUACAUUAUCCGAAAUGAAUGUUUUACUAGUACUGUUACUGUAUAAACAGCCUUUCUUUGGCACAGCUGCUGUCCACAGUCUGAUUGAUUAACCCCACAUCUAGCUUUUUACACUUCCAUCCAUCUUUAUAUUGAUGAAACAAGUUGUCUAUUGGUUGAUUUGAAUGUCUGUGAUCUAACCUCUUAUAAAAUAGUCCAACAAUA